GUGGGGUAUUAUCCAUGCAUAUAUCUACAUCCAUCUUUCCAUCCUCCAAAUGAGAUUCAAAGCAACAACCAAUUUAAUAUUUUUGAUUCAUGUCGUAUUUUAUCUGCAGAUGAUUUUAUACUGAUUUUCUUUGUUCUUAUGCUCUUCCGCACUCUAUGGCUUCAUUUCAUUCAUUCUUGAAACAACAUUUACCUGCCUUCAUCCAUCUCUUGAUCCUGUCCCUCACCUCUCCUCGGGUCUCACCCCUCCUCGGGUUUCUCACCCCUCCUGGAUCUCACCCCUCCUCGGGUCUCUCACCCCUCCGUGGGUCUCUCACCCCUCCCGGGUCUCACCUCUCCUCGGGUCUCACCUCUUCUGGAUCUCUCCAUCCUCUGGAGGCUUUCCCUUGGAGCACUGCCCCCUGAGAAGCGGUAACCAUGGCUACACCUGGACCCCUACAGCAUCACAGCAUCACCUGGACCCCUACAGCAUCAGCCGGCCCACCUCCCCGUUCUUGCAGCGAGCUAGGAACAUCCCUACCCCUGGGAAGAACCCCUCUGGCUACACCCCUUCAUCUAGCCCCGCCUCCCAUCUCCUCCCCAGAAUGCAGGUUGUCAGCACCAUCACUAGCCCAGACUCAAAUCUGACCAAACAGCCCCUGUCCCAGCAGGAAGAGAAUGAGGAGGACGAGUAGGACAAAGAGGUGCAGGAUGGGGAUGCUCUCAUCCUGCUGGCCCAUUUGCUUGAGAAGCUGCAGGGGACGGGGAUGGCCAGGCCCUCCCCAAACUCACCCGGCCACCUCCCAGCAGACACCACAACCCCCCACUCCCGUGCCGAGUCUCCUCCCUCUCCCAGGAGUCCCGCACCCUCUCCUCCAGCUCCUGACAACACAAAGAAAACUGCAACACCAGGAUUGGUGGUCCUGUGGUGUGAAACAAAGGAUGACUGAUUCCACGUGGUGGAUGUGUCUCACAGACACACUGCUGUCUCCAGGGUCCCCAGAUCAGAAGGUUGAAGAGCGAUGCUGUUCACAGUUCUGUAUGCAUCCCUUCCUCGAUGACCACAGCACUAGAUCUGGUCUGGCUGUUCCAACGGGUGCCACUAUAAAGAGGGAUGAGGAGACAGGGGAGAUCUACAUCGCGAGGGUCAUCCACGGAGGCCUGGCAGACCGCAGCGGUCUUCUCCACACUGGUGACCUCCUCCUAGAGGUAAAUGGUAACCCAGUGGAGGGUCUGGAGCCGGAGCAGGUCAUCCAGAUACUGAUUCAUUCUCAGGGAACCAUUCUGUUCAAAGUCAUCCCAAACAAACCGCAGACCACUGCCACCAACUCCUCUGUCUUCAUGCGGGCCAUGGUGGACUACAGUCCCCAGCAGGACUGGUCCCUCCCCUGCCCUGACGUUGGCAUGUCCUUCAGGAAGGGCCAGCUGCUGGAGGUGGUGGACCAGACGGACGGACACUGGUGGCAGGCAAGACGGCUGCCCACCACCUCUUCCUGCGCCGGCCUCAUCCCGUCGACUAGCAUGCUCAAGAGCAAACAGAGGGAGCAGUGGUGGAGCCAACCUCUUCCCAUAGACACCUGCAUCCGCCAAGUGCUGACUGAUGGCCCUUCUAUAGACGGGGUUUCCAGGCCUGUGGAUGAAAAAGCAGACGAAGAGCCACUUAAUAAUGAUGAAGCUGAAUCAGAUGUAAUUAAUGGACUCUACCUGGCGGGGUUCCGGCGGAGCCUCCGUCUGUGGCGGAGGAUGGCCUACAGGGGGUGUCGUCUCUCCUGCUCCUCCUGCUACUCCUGCUCCCCGCACAGCACCUCCCUAUCCAACCCUUAUGAGGAGGUGGUCCUCUACCAGCGCUCCCCCCAGGAGAACCCCCGCCUCAUUGUUCUUGUGGGAACUUCAGGGGUCGGAGUGAAUGAACUGAGGAAGAAUCUCAUCAGGAUGAAGCCCUCCUUAUUCAAGGGUCCCAUACCACGUCUGUACUCGCUUCCCACCUUGUAUCAUGGACCCCUUUACCAUCUCUAUACCCUCCGUAUUACCUGCUGUGUCUGUGUGUCGUUAGAUACCACCCGACCAAUGAGAGAAGGGGAACAGACAGGGAGAGAGUACCACUUUGUCACCAGAGAGCUGUUUGAGUACAUGGUCUGCAACAACAGGUUCCUGGAGUAUGGGCUCUGCAGGGGCCACCUGUACGGGACCAGCAGCGAUGCCAUCAGAGAGGUGCUGAAGAAAGGCAGGAUCUGCAUCAUCGACGCUGAGCCUCAUAGUCUCCAUGCGCUGCGCAGCAGGAAGUUGAAGCCCUACGUGAUCUUCAUCCGACCCCCAGAGCGUGACGUCCUGAGACUGACCCGGCAGCACGCCCGCAUCCUCACCUCCUGCUGCAGCUGCAGAGCCUAUACCGAGGAGGACUAUGAGGAGCUGGAGGAGGCGUCAGGGCUGAUGGAGAUGAAGUACCGCCAGCUGUUCGACCGGACGGUGGAGAACGGAAGGCUGGAGGAGGCGACGGCGGAGCUGCUCUCUGUCAUCCAGGAGGCGCAGGAGGAGGAGCAGUGGGUCCCUGCUCCCUGGAGUGUCCCAGAAGAGUCCAGACGGGAGGAGCGGAGGGACAAGGGGAUCCGGGAGGAGCGGAGAGGAGGUCUGACCUACACCAUGGACUACACCAGCGAUGUGUACUAGGAGGAAUGCCUUAUGGCCGUCGCACUCCGGCGAGCCGUCCACUGGCAUGCAACCUUAUAUCAGUUCUGAAACAUCAUUUUUAACGUGAGCGCUCAGACCCGAAGCUCAUUCCAGCUCUGCUCAAAAGCUUGUCGCACCGUGCGGCGCCAUGAAACACAGAACAAGCCCUAGAAUCAAACCAAACGGCGUGUUUUGCCCUUUCUACGAAGCAGUGGUCCGUGGCUCGUCUGGUGUGCCACCAGCUUUAACUCAGACAGAGAUAGUCAGUUCACCUUUUCGCUAACAUAUGCAAGAAAAACUCCACACACACACACACAGCACAAUAACGGCUUUUAAACUGAGGAGUUCACAUGCAGUGAGGUGAAGCCGCACAUAGAGACUGGGGGCUUACGCUAACGUUACGCCAGAGGUUGGAAGCUGCAGAUGCAUGGUUCAGAAACCAAACACAAACUGCAGUAUUUGACACUUGUGACUCAAGCCAUGUUUCCACCAAAACAACCCCUUACUUUUGGUCCCAGGAACUGCCUUUCAGGGAACUGGAAGGUUCUUUCGGCCCCUUGAAUGAAGACUCUCUUAAGUUAGGAAGAUUAAGCUCCUUAACAUCAGAUAUAUAACGACAAGGACAUGACAAAUUAAGUAACUUAACAUCAGGUAUAUAAGGACAAGGACAUGAACAAUUAUUUCCCUUUACAUCAGGUAUAUAACGAAUAAAGGACAUUACAAAGCGAGAAAUAAUGAGAGAAAAAUCAUUGCAUCAUCAGUUACGACGUGAAUAUGCAGCAUUUUCCAGAGUUGAACUGGACGGACCCUGAAGCUCAUACAGCCAGAGUGUGUGUUGAGUGUAGUGUGCAUGCUCCUGUGGGUUUAGCCGAUGAUCAUAGAGCUAGUUUUAAAUCCAGUUUGCAGGACAAGGGGGACUAUGACCAAUAGCGUGAGUGCGUUCUGUUAUUCAUCCAAAUUUUGGAGUCAAUCUUUUUUUAGGUUGAUUCCCUGCUCAAUAACUAAAAGUAGUCUAUUCCUCUUUCGGAGGACUGUAGCGAUACAAAUGCCCAUCUUCAUUUUAUUGAAUGAAACGCACGUAACAGAUGAUUAUAGGUCUUUGAUGGUAGUUUACCACUCGGGAUGAUCAAUACAGAUAACAGACAUUGAUAACAAUAGGUCUAUGAUGGUAAUUUACCACUAUGAUUUAAAUUACCACUACUACAGAUUUUUUACAUUUUAGGGCAUUUAGCAGACGCUUUUAUCCAAAGCGACUUACAUCACAUUGAAACACCAACGGCAAAGUCAACCAUGCAAGGCGACAGCCAGCACGUGUAAAGUGUCUUGCUCAGGGACACAUCAACACUCAACUAGGAGGAGCUGGGGAUCGAACUAGCAACCUAUCGGUUACAAGACAACUGCUCUACCUCCUGAGCUAACACCGACUCCACACACACACACACACACACACACACACACACACUAUCAGCUCGCUCAUUUAAUUUCUCCCCCAUUUAUACUUCGUUCCCUUAACCUCCUCCUAGCCACGUCAGCGCUAACGUCAACGCUAGCGUCACCGCUGCCUGAACGUCGUAAAAGUUGACAAAUUUGGCGGUAAAAAACACCCAAUCUGGCAAGACUGCCUGCACGGCCCCCGCGCUAAUCUCAGCAUAGAUCACUGAGACCAACUGAAAACGAAGCCGAUAUGGAACUUAAACUGUGAUUCUGAAGAAAGUAUAAAGAUUAUCGGAAUUUGGUUUUCCGAUUAAUGAAGAGUUGACCACUAUGGAUGAUCAUUACAGAUAUGUUAACAAUCAGAGUUCCUAGACUGCUACCCCCCCCCGAGCAGGGACCUUUUGAGGGGUAAAAUAAUGUCCCUGGAACUUAAUUGAAGAUUCCUGUGAUGGAAAUGUACAAACGUUGCACAUUUUCAAGUAAGCAAUUCCUGUCCAUUUCAUGUCCAACUCAUCGGUUUAGAUUGUAUUCAGGAGCAUCAGGACAUAAGCUAAGGCCUACUGAUACGGCCGAACAAUAGCCACACGAGGGUCCGGUUCCCGUGGUGCCACCUUUCCGCCCAACCGGAGCGCACUUCCAACCAAGUGUCAUUAAAGUACCGUUGAAUACUCUUGCUCUACCACAAAUUAGAAUGCACACGGAAUUGCAUCAGGAAUUCAAGCUUUGUUGAAAAUAGAUGUCCAGGGGACAAAGCAACUGUCUCUGGGACCACAGACAGUGGUGUACUGGCCGCUGGGCUUACUGGGACAGAUCUCGCUGGGCCACAGCAUCGUCAGCCCUGUUCCAGGAAUGCCUUAAGCAUUUUGACUAGUAGUAGUGCAGCAGUGAGACAGCGGACGAAAGCAAUGAACGAUCACAAUCAUGGCAUCAGAGUUUUUGUAAUUUAUUUUGAGUAGAACAAAGAAAUAAUGACAGUGUCAUUUGAGGCUGCAGUAUGCGUUUGUUUUUCACUGCAUGCAUCUUAUACUGGUGGUCAAACAGUGGGUUCACAUGUUAGGUCAAGAAAAUUGAAUAAUUGGGUUAGUCCGACUAUGCUUGGAUUAUUAAAAUGCAUGUAAACACCUAAAUCAGACGAAAAUCAAGUUGUGUUUCUCAUAGUCGGAUUCAAACCCCUAGAUUAUUCGAUUGAUAGUCGCAUUAAUCGGCCAUGUAUACACUCAAUCGGAUUGGAAUCGGAUUUUGCGUUCUGGGCAUGCUCGAGAUUUUUUCCAGGGGCCAUGAGCCGUAAUUAGAAGGAGACGAUAGUCGUCUUGUUGUCGACUAACGGCGAGAAACGGCGAUUUAUCUAAAAAAGGAAGCCGGGGUCGUGCAAAUGUAGUUACCCCCUAUAAAAAGAGUAUCCCCGGCCGCAGGAGCGCGCAUGUAUUCAGUGCAGAUGGAAGUACACAAUACGCUUUGAUUCCACCCCGUUCACCUAAGGCUAAAUUAAAAGUACAUUUUUUUCUAAAUGUUGGUCAUCAACAAGGUUGUAAUGUAGUAACUUCGGGCACAUCUGUCAAAACAAUUGUUUUUUCUUCCGACAAGUUUACGAUCUUUAUUUAUCGCGCCGUGACCAAACUGACGGGCAUAUUCCCAGUUAUUAUGUAUCUUAAAGACUGUGUCUGGUUCUCCGACUCUCUGGUACCUUCAACAAUAAGUUAAGACUCGUGGUGGGGGUUAUCUCGGCCAUGGUUGAGAAGAAUUGGGGGAAAGGAACUUUGGCUUGGACUCUCAGAAGUCCCGAAUGAACUGUGACGUGGAGGAGAAAGGGAUUGUUGUUGUUGUAUUCGGACUCCGCCGGAGCUCCACCAUCGCAGGAGCUGCUCCGCCGCCGUAGGAACUCUGCAGUUGGCGCAGGAGCUCCGCCACUAGACUCCCUGCCAGGCAGACACAUGGCCAACAACGUUGAAAUGUGUUAAUAGACUAGAGAAAAGUAAUUUUGUUUGUUAUUGUGGAUUCAGAUCUUAGAUUAUUGGAGGGGAUCCACAAAAGCCUAUAUGAUCGGAACAAGGAGAUGUGGGAGCGGAGGGUUUAUUUUUGGAAAUUUUUCGGGUCAUUGAGAGGUCGCAACAAUGGAGCGUCGGAGAAUAUCAUGGACCCGAACAGUUUGUUGUUGCUGGUGACAUAAAGAGCUCAGCCGGUGGCUCUAUUACCCCUAGUUGUAAUGGGUACAGCGCCACCUAUCGUACCGGGGUAUGACAUGCUUCAGCCAAUGAAUCGAUUAUCUCACCGCCAUGUAUACUCUGACAAUUGAAGUUGUCCGAUUGAGGAGCAUAGUCAAACUAAGGCUUGAAUCGGUUUAAGCUGUUCAUGUUAACAUACUGAAUGAGAGGCCCAGUGGUUGACAUUAUAUGUAAACACAAUAUGUAAAGCACAAAUAUGUGUGCGUGUCAAUGUUUAUUCUUACCCAGCUCCCCCCUCCUCUGUUUCUCUCUCUUAAUCCCAUGACAGAUGGUGUCUGAUAUGUUUUAAGUGACGGAUUAAGGCCUGGCCUGGUGACCUCCAAACUCCUCCUCCUCCCCCACCUCCUCUUUUCUAGCCAUUACGGCACUGGUUUAUCAGCCCAGGAUUCUGGGAGACAAUUUGCAGGCGUUGUAUCCUUGCAUUCCGAUAAGCAUUUUGAAGCGAGUUAUUGAGAUACAAUAACAAACAGGGAAGAGGUGAGAACUGUCAGAAAUACUGAAAUAUAUUUAAAAUUGAGUGCUGUAAACAGUAAAGACAGCAAAAAAUGCUUUUACUCAAGUAUCGACAGGCUCUUACAUGUUCAUUCCUCACACGGGCCGCUCUAAAGCAGUAGGUGUUGCAUGGACUGAGACCGUUGCGAUGGUGAUUGUGGACCAUGGUCUGCUCCACAUACAGCUGGGAGGCAGAGUUCUCCACCAUGAACUACUAGUAGUGUUGCAGACUCACCAUGAGGCCCUACGCGCCCCUACACACCCUUCCCGGUGUGAGUACCAGAUGUGUUCAGCUGCCAGAUCGGCUCGGGGUCCUGCGCUUACAGAUGACGUAUCGACACUUGACGUAUCGACACAAGCCAACGGACAAACCCGGAAGGGGUGUCUAUAAAUGGUGCUCAAUCAGUUUUGGUUUUGAUUUCAUUGAACGGAGCCCGUUUUCUCACAAAGCCAUUGGAAACAUGUUUAAAAGCACUGAUGAAUGCAUAUUUUUACUUUCACAUAUGUUAAAGUAAGGAUUGGUAUUGUUAAAGUUAGAUAUUAAGACAGUAUUUUCUAGUUUCUAUUAACUGAAAAUGAAGAACUUGGACAGUCAUAUGAUUGAUGAGAUUUUAUUUGCUCAUACAAAGCUGAAUAAAUAAGACAAUACAUUGAUACAACUGAGGAACAGCUCAAUGUAAAUCCAUAAAAAACGGCAUGUUUAGAUCCCAUGGUGAAUUGAGGAUGAAUUCAUGAAUGUGUUCAUAUUAGAUAUUCAUCCUAUUCCUUGAAAAUAGAUUUUUUUUUUUUAUGAUUUUCCAGAUGUUCAAUGAAUUGUAACCUUGCCUAUACAACUAAUAACAAUAAAAAAUGUAAAAUUUUCCUCUUUUCCACUAGGGUUAUCUUUGCUCUAUAAUUUAACAAACAUCUGUAAGAAAGGUAGGCCUAUAAGAAUGUAUAUAAUGUGUUAUCACAUUCAUGAAUAUAUCCUCAAUUGGCCGCGGGAUAGAACAUGAUGUUUUCAUGGAUUUACAUUGAGCUGUAUGUGUGUAUGUGAAUUGCAGUGUAUGUGUUUGGAUACACACACGAGCACACACACUGACAUACUUCUUUUUUUUCAUGAUGCCUGCAGUGGCGAUAUCACACAGGUGUAUUCCCACAGGCUCUGAAAACAACAGUCAUCAAGCCAUAUCUAACUUACCAUUUUUUAGCAAAAUCAUUGAAAAAGCUGUUUAUCAACAGCUAAAUAACUACUUCAAUCACUGGAUGUGCCAAAAUUGUCUUAAAUUGAACAAUGAAAAAACUGAAGUAAUGGUCUUUGGUGCAAGGGAUGAACAAUUAAAAGUCAGUGCACAGCUGUUAUGUUAGAAAGCACACACCAAGACAGAAAUCUUGGUGUAGUCAUGGACUCGGACUUGAAUUUCUAAAACCACAUUAAAUGCCAUACUGAACUAACUGA